GCCGUAGCAAGAGAGAGAGAGAGAGACUUAAAGCUCCAUUAAUUCGAUAAACAACUCAGCACACACACGAAGCCUCUCUCUCUCUCACACUUUCUGUGUGUUUCUGCUUCUUCUUCUCUCUCUAACAUUAGAAGAGAAGAGUGGGGGGGAGAGAUAAAGGGGAAGCAAAAAAGCUUGCGAGGGAAUACAGAAAAGAGGAAUUGUGCGUUGUAGGUGAUUAUCGAGUGUUUUGAGGAAAAAUAAGAGCUUAAAUGGAUAAAGAUUUGCAUGAAGUACUGCCAGCUACAACUGCCAAGCUUAAGGGCAUUCGUCUUGGUAUUUUAUCUGAUGAAGAUGCGGAGAAGCUAUCGACAUCCGUGAUUGGAUCAGUUCAUGAUGUAUCAAGUGCCUCUCUUGGACUUCCUACGUUUAAUGCUACCGAGUGCACUACUUGUGGUGCCAAAAACGCAAGAGACUGUGAAGGGCAUUUCGGUCGGAUCAACCUCCCUUUCACUAUUCUGAACAAUUAUUACAUGCCCGAAAUCGCGCAAGUUCUUAACAAAAUAUGUAUAGGAUGUAAAAGUAUCCGGACUGGCAAGGCCAAGAAAGCUGAUUCUGCUGCAAGUAAUCAUCCACCUACAAUAUGCAGAUAUUGUCAUGGAAACGCAAGAUUCGGAUAUCCUAAAAUGAAAUUCCGUAUAUCUUCGAAACAUGUCUUUGCCAAGAGUGCGAUUAUUGCGGAAGUCCAUGAAAAAUUUGUUGAUAAGAACUCUGGCUUCAGUCUGCCUUCUGAUUAUUGGGAUGUAAUCCCAAAAGAUAUUGAUCAAGUGCAUGACAAGUUGCCGCCAAACAAGAGAGUACUAUCUCCUGCUCAGGUCUUUACCAUUUUAAAGGACGUAGGUGAAGGUAUUCUUGAAAAGCUUGUGAAGAGGAAAAACGCAAUCUUCCAAAAUACUUUGCUUGUGACCCCGAACAGUCAUCGGGUGAGAGAAUUUAAUCAGCGCAUGACUACCGAUGAAACUACAAAGUUGUACCGAAAGCUGGUUGAUUCUCCAGGCACACCAAAUGUAUUACGCUCUGAGCAAGUCUCGAACCAACAGAAGGCAUACGAAAAACAGUCGUUAAACGAGUCGGCCUCGAGCUCGUCAGGUUUGAGGAACCUCAAAGACCUCGUGCUCGGCAAAAGAACAGACCACUCUUUUCGUAUGGUAGUCGUUGGUGACCCGAGACUCAAAGUUGGUGAAAUCGGGCUUCCCUCUCAAAUAGCCGAGAAAAUGCUCGUCUCAGACCACAUCAACUCAUGGAACUGGGAAAAGCUCGAGCAGUGCUGUGAUUUCAUGCUCAAGGACAGGGGAUGCUUUUCUGUCCUAAGGAAUGAUCAAACGGUCACAAUCUGGACAAAAGACAUGUUAAGACAAGGAGAUUCUAUCCGACGGCAGCUAUUGGAUGGGGACAUAGUUUUGAUCAAUCGCCCUCCGUCGAUCCAUCAGCACUCGCUCAUAGCAUUAUCUGUCAAGAUUCUCCCGAUAAAUUAUGUUAUAUCAAUAAACCCCUUAAUCUGUGACCCUCUCAGAGGGGACUUUGAUGGGGACUGCCUGCACGGCUAUGUCCCGCAGUCCGUGAAUUCGAGAGUCGAGCUUCGAGAGCUCGUCACUUUGGACAAGCAGCUUGUGAACGGACAAAACGGGCGAAACCUCCUCUCGUUGACUCAGGAUAGCCUUACUGGGGCCCACCUCUUGCUCGAGGACGGUGUUGUCAUGACAAAAAUCGAGAUCCAGCAGCUGCAGAUGCUUUGUUCUUCUUCUUCUUCCCAUUUACUGCUGCCAGUGCCUGGUAUUGUGAAGUCCUCCUCUUCUUCAAGGUCCGCUUUGUGGACGGGUAAUCAAUUGUUCAGCGAGCUUUUGCCUCGGGAUUUCGAAUUCAGCUACCCGUCGAACGGCGUUUGCAUAAGGCAUGGUGAGGUUGUGUCUUCGUGCUCGAAUGGAUCGAUUUGGCUUAACGACAGUAGCGAGAAUCUCUUUCAGUGCCUCGUGAGGCAGUAUCGAGAUAACGUGCUCGAUUUUCUGACAGCAGGGCAGGAGGUUCUUUGUGAAUGGCUCAUGAGAAGGGGAUUGAGUGUUUCGUUAUCGGAUCUUUACCUCUCGUCGGAUAUCGAUUCCCGAAAGAAUCUUCUCGAGGAAAUAAAUUUCGGUCUGCAAGAGGCAAAGAAAUUGUCCGAGAUCAGUUUGGCGAUGGUGGCCGGCAACGAGCAUCUUCUGAUGGAAAGCAGCAGCUCGGACGAGAGUGAGAUUUUUCCGGCGCUGAAUUUACCGUCUGAUCCUCGGCUCUUUCAAGCUUCGGUUUCGGUUCUCAAGUCAGUUUCGCGUGACAUGCAGAGUCUCGUGUACAAGCACACAGGAAAGAACAAUUCUCUCAUAGCCAUGCUGAAGGCCGGAAGCAAAGGGAAUCUUCAAAAGCUGUCCCAACACAGCAUGUGCGUGGGUUUGCAGCACACGCUAUCCCCAGUUGCCUUUCCUGUCCCGAACGAGCUCUCGUGUGCUGGAUGGAAUAAGGAAAAGAAUCGUGAGGCAGUUUCGGACUCGUAUAUUCCGUGUACGAUGGUGGGUGGCUCUUUCUUGGAAGGUUUAAAUCCCAUGGAGUGUUUCAUGCUGUCAUUGACGACGCGCGACAGUACUUUCGGUGGACAUGCGGAUGUUUCGGGGACUCUGGCUCGGAAGUUGAUGUUCUUCAUGAGAGACUUGAUGAUUGGGUAUGAUGGCACUGUCAGGAGCAGUUACGGAAAUCACGUGGUGCAAUUUGAUUAUUGCACGGAGAACAUGCAUGUUGAAAAUGGUGAUGGCCCUGUUGGAGGACAUCCAGUUGGCUCGAUGGCUGCUUGUGCCAUUAUUGAAGCUGCCUACAGUGCUUUGGAUCAACCAGUUAGUGUGCUAGAGCCAUCUCCUUUGUUAAAUUUGAAGAAAGUUUUGGAUAGUGGGGUCAAAAGAAAUACGGGAAGUAAAAGUGCAUCGCUGUUUUUGUCCAAAAGACUCGAGAGAUGGGCAAAUGGUUUCGAGUAUGCGGCUUUAGAAGUGAAGGAUCAUUUGGAGAGCCUGACUUUGGCCGACGUAGUUUCUGAAGUAAAGAUAUGCUUCUCGAGCAAGGCAGGAAAACGCAGCACUGCAGGUCCAUGGGCUUGCCAUUUUCAUAUAGACAAGGAAGUUGCCAAGAAGAAGAGGCUGAAAUUGAGCUCGGUCAUCAAUGCCCUUAAUAUGAACAGAAAAUCAAGUGGAGUAAAAUGGAAAAUAGAUCUUCCCCUGCAUAUCACUAGCAAGGCUUGUUCUGAAAUUGAUGAUCAUAGAGGCCUCGAUUCAAUUAUUUGCAUUACGGCUGCACUUUCUGAGAGCUUCAAUGAAUUCUCCGACUUGGAUGUUCUUCGUGACAUGGUUGAACCUGCCCUUCUGAAGACAGUGAUAAAAGGAUGUCAGGAAUUUAAAAAGGUCGAUAUUUUGUGGAAAGAUGAUCAAAAUAAUCCAAAAUCUACGAGGCGGCGGGCUUCAGGGGAACUCUUUUUACGGGUUGUGAUGUCAGAUCUUUGUGAUAGAACCAAGUUUUGGAGCAUCCUUUUAGAUAAGUGCCUACGAAUAAGAAAUCUAAUCGACUGGAACCGUAGCCAUCCGGAUGACAUUCUUGAAUGUGGUGAAGCGUUUGGAGUUGAUGUUGCAUGGUACCGUUUUGUGAAAGAUUUGCAUUCUGCCAUUGAAGACACUGGAAAGACCAUCCUUCCGGAACAUUUGACUGUGACGGCCAAUUGCCUGUCAGCGAGUGGUGAAUUCGUGCCGCUAAGUGCUAAAGGAUUGUCCAACCAACGAAAGGAAGCCAAUGUUCAUUCACCCUUUGCUCAGGCGUGCUUCUCGAGUCCAAGUGAUUGCUUAGUGAAAGCGGCUAAGAUGGGACAAAAGGACAGUCUUCAAGGAAGUCUAGAGGCUUUAGCAUGGGGAAAAGCUCCUUCGAUCGGAACCAGUUCCGAGUUUGAUAUUUUGUAUUGUUUAAAGGAAAAAGGACCAGCCAAGCCGAAGGAUGUUUAUUCUCUGUUGAGCACUCAAAUUGGAUCUGCAAAACCGAUUGAUCCACUGAAGAAAGCUUUAGGGGAACCUAUUGUGUCCUCUCAUUUCAACACGUCAACGCGUAAACGUUUGUUCAGGGAAUUGGUCUCUGGACACUUCACCAAGUUGGGAAUUAAGAAAAUUUCACAGAGGUUAAAGCGCAUGCUGAAAGAGUAUCCUAUGAACUCUACAUUGAGAGAACAGGAUAAGUCUACUGCUAUGAAGGCUUUACAUUUUCAUCCACAGUGGACUUCGAAAGUCGGGUCAGGCAUUCUCGAUAUUAAGGUAAACAAAUAG